AUGAAGACGCUCCAAGGAGCUCACCUCCGGAAGCCCGUCACCCCAGACCUGCUGAUGACCCCCAGUGACCAGGGUGAUGUAGACCUAGAUGUGGACUUUGCUGCUGACCGGGGGAACUGGACAGGCAAGCUGGACUUCCUGCUGUCCUGCAUCGGCUACUGUGUGGGCCUGGGGAAUGUUUGGCGGUUCCCUUAUCGUGCCUACACCAAUGGAGGAGGCGCUUUCCUUGUGCCCUACUUCCUCAUGUUGGCCAUCUGUGGCAUCCCCCUUUUCUUCCUGGAGCUGUCUCUGGGCCAGUUCUCCAGCCUGGGACCUUUGGCUGUCUGGAAAAUCAGCCCUCUUUUCAAAGGUGCCGGUGCGGCCAUGCUGCUCAUCGUAGGCCUGGUAGCCAUCUACUACAACAUGAUCAUCGCCUACGUCCUCUUCUACCUCUUCGCUUCCCUCACCAGCAACCUACCCUGGGAGCACUGCGGCAACUGGUGGAACACGGACCUCUGCCUGGAACACAGAGGUUCCAAGGGUGGCAACGGGGUUCUGCCCCUCAACCUCACCAGCACCGUCAGCCCCAGCGAGGAGUAUUGGAGCCGCUACGUCCUUCACAUCCAAGGCAGCCAGGGCAUCGGGAGUCCUGGUAAUAUCCGCUGGAACCUCUGCCUCUGCCUGCUGCUUGCCUGGGUUAUCGUGUUCCUCUGUAUCCUCAAAGGUGUCAAGUCCUCGGGCAAGGUGGUGUAUUUCACGGCCACAUUCCCCUACCUCAUCCUGCUCAUGCUGCUGGUUCGUGGAGUCACCCUCCCAGGGGCCUGGAAGGGCAUCCAGUUCUAUCUCACCCCCCAGUUCCACCACCUGCUGUCUUCUAAGGUGUGGAUAGAGGCUGCCCUUCAGAUCUUCUACUCCCUGGGUGUGGGCUUUGGGGGUCUCCUCACCUUUGCCUCCUACAACACAUUUCACCAGAACAUCUAUAGAGACACUUUCAUCGUCACACUGGGCAAUGCCAUCACCAGCAUUCUGGCUGGCUUCGCCAUCUUCUCUGUGCUGGGCUACAUGUCUCAGGAGCUGGGUGUGCCUGUGGACCAAGUAGCCAAAGCAGGCCCUGGCCUGGCCUUUGUUGUCUAUCCACAGGCCAUGACCAUGCUGCCUCUGUCGCCCUUCUGGUCCUUCCUCUUCUUCUUCAUGCUUCUGACUCUUGGCUUGGACAGCCAGUUUGCCUUUCUGGAGACCAUCGUGACAGCUGUGACGGACGAGUUUCCCUACUACCUGCGGCCUAAGAAGGCCGUGUUCUCCGGGCUCAUCUGUGUGGCCAUGUACCUGAUGGGGCUGAUUCUUACCACGGAUGGGGGCAUGUACUGGCUGGUCCUUCUGGAUGACUACAGCGCCAGCUUCGGGCUAAUGGUGGUAGUGAUCACCACGUGCCUUGCUGUCACCCGUGUGUACGGUAUCCAGAGGUUCUGCCGUGAUAUCCACAUGAUGCUGGGAUUCAAGCCCGGCCUCUACUUCAGGGCCUGCUGGCUGUUCCUGUCCCCUGCCACACUCCUGGCCCUGCUGGUAUACAGCAUCAUCAAAUACCAGCCCUCAGAGUACGGCAGCUACCGCUUCCCAGCCUGGGCGGAGCUCCUGGGCAUCCUGAUGGGCCUGCUGUCCUGCCUCAUGAUCCCAGCUGGCAUGCUGGUGGCUGUGCUCCGAGAGGAGGGCUCACUCUGGGAGCGGCUCCAGCAGGCCAGCCGGCCGGCCAUGGACUGGGGCCCAUCGCUGGAGGAAAACCGGACAGGCAUGUAUGUGGCCACGCUGGCCGGAAGCCAGUCGCCCAAGCCUCUGAUGGUGCACAUGCGCAAGUAUGGUGGUAUCACCAGCUUCGAGAAUACAGCUAUUGAAGUGGACCGCGAGAUCGCGGAGGAGGAGGAGUCCAUGAUGUGAGGCGGCUGGCAGUUGCCUUUAGGCAGAUGAAGGCCCUG